AUGGGUUCUACUUUCGCGUUCGGGACCGAACGAAACCCUCAAUAUACGCCUAGAGCACAGGGUUAUUAUCAACCGCGAACUUACCAAAAUUACAAUCAAAAUCGUUAUCAUCCGGGAGUACUAGGUCCUACUAGGAGAGGGGUACGCUUCGAAGAAGAUGAGGACUCGGAAGAAGCUAAAUUACGGCACAAAUCGGACCCUUCGAUAAUCUGUAGCUGUCCGUUCUGCCCAAAGGGAGAGCGUCGGGACGCGUACGAUCCUUUAAACGGGUCGGGCGCUCGUCAACCGGAGGCACUGGCGAAAACAAGUCCUAGAACAUCAAUCAACAAUGACAGAACCGAUGUCUCCUCCCAGAUUGGAACAACAACCACUAAAUCAGAACAACAUGACGUCACAACCGGGACAGCAGAACCCGCAAUUGAUGACCGCAGGAGAGCUACGAGCCCAGGCGAGGACGAACCAAAGUGUCUAACAACAGGAAGAGGCCCUACAGUCCAUCUACGAAGUCCAGCACUUCGGAACGGGGGAGUAAACGCUCUUCUCGACACCGUUUCCGACCUUAAUCUGCUCUGCAUCGAAGAACUAUGCGACGAGGCCCUCUGUAACAUCGAAAAUACGGGAGUAGUCGGAGGCAUUGCUACAAGCUCAAUGCCUAUAACCGGUUCAAUAAAUCUUAAAAUAUUCGGAGUUAAAAUUACAUUUCAUCUCGUACCAGAACCACCGAGUGGUUAUAGAGCUAUUCUCGGAAAUGAAUUUUUUGUUCAAAAUCGUGUAACCAUCUCGUUUUACUGGAACACUCUAGUAAUGAAAAAUAAGCCUAUAAAUCCAAUACCGAUAAUUAACCCACGAAAGUUCCCUGAGCAAAAGAUCCUCGCUCUAGGAACAGGGCCGAAAAUUUACAUCUCGUGUAAUCUGCUCCUAGCAUUCCGUGGUCUCAGCGACAGUACUUUUCAGACCUUAGGAGUAGUUAAAUUAAAAAUUCUCAAUAUCGAAGUCGAGUUUCAAGUUUGUCAAGAGGAUUUACCAUUCCCCGGAGUGGGAAUCCUGGGAAACAAUUUCCUUGAAACUGAAAAAGCCGAAAUUUCUUAUGAUAAUCAAACUUUAGUUUUAUUAUCUUGUCUAACGAAAACAACAUCCUUUAGCCUUGAAACAAAGCCUUCUUCGAGCUACACAUUACCACCUCGUAUGAAAAUGGUAGUAGCAGUACCUGUCCAAGAUUUCGAAAAGAGCGAGGGAUACCUCCCUCGAAUGAAUCUUCCGGACGGAGAACUCGGAGGAGAGGCUGUUGUCAAGGUGGAAGAUGGCUAUGCUACAUGCAUGGUUAUUAAUCUUAAUUCAAAUCUAGUUGACAUAGACAUCGGACCCCAAGCAGUCGAAGAGUUCGAGUUCACUCACCCUAGCUCAGAUGGGGAUGAAGUCUUUCACGAUACUGAAACUCGAUAUACAGAUGUAGAAAAACAAUGUCUCGCGGUAAUCUACGCAAUUCAACAAUUCAGACCGUAUCUCCAGAAACAUUUUACGCUCAUAACUAGUAGCCCCUGUGUUACCUGGUUAAGAGAUAGCGCAACUGUCACCGAAAGACAAGCUAAAUGGCGCUCUAAAUUAAGAUCGGGUAAGAAACUCUCUGACUCGGAGGCGAUUCAAGCGGUCAAACGCCCCGGUCGCCCUCCGAAACCUAAAAAUCGACCAAGAGUCAGCAGUGCUCCCGAGGUGAGAGAGACAAUUGCCUCUCGUCUUAGGAAAAGGGAGAUGGAAAAAACGCGAGUUCCACCAAAAAUAAAUUAUCAUGAAACUAGCAAUCUCGAUAUAACUUCAGAAGACACGGAGAAGACGCAAGAAACCGGAAAUGAAGAACAGGGGGACGACGAAGUCUUCCUACCAGCUUCCAUACCAGGACCAUCCACGCCAGGACCAUCCACGAGUAAUCCGAUUCCAGACAUUGGCCAAGAGGGGGACGACGAAGCAGAGAAGGAAGAUGAAGCCGAAAAGGACAACGAAACGACCGUUCCACAAAAACAACGGCGAAAAACUUGCGAACUAGUAAAAAUGUUCGAUGAACUCCUCCAAAGGCGGCCUCCAUCGGAAAAUACCUACCGGGAGAGAGCUCUAGAAAAAAUCCGUCGAGAGGAAGCAAUAUUCAACUAUACUCCUCAAGAGUAUGCCGAAAUAAAACGAACUAGUUCCGAAACCACGAAAAAUAUUCGCCAAUCAUUAAGCAAACUUCCGCCUCUCUGGCGAACUGAAGAUGACUCGUUAAAUGAAGAUACAGCACCUGAAAUUAAUGUCGACGAAUUUCUGAGAGAUAACAGCGAUCAGCCUGAAGAAGGAUCAAGCGAUAUCAGUCCAGAAGAAACCGGAGGAAUCGAAGAUCUCAGCGAAGCGGAGCAUCCCAUCAUCAUAGAGCUAAGGCCUUCGACCUCAGCAGACGACAUUAAUAUAAGAAACGUCAUCGAUACAGAUGAUGAAGAAAAUGAAUCCGACAAAAAUACUCUAACUCCUCGAAACGUAAAUCGAUCUCGGUUCACAGGGUAUUUAGGAGACGGUCCGAAACCUCGAACUCCAAUUUUCGGAAGAGUUCUCAUAACCGAUGAACUAGCGGCUAUGGGUAUCCGUUAUGACCACGCAAGCCGCCAAAUCGUAGACGAAAACGGUAAGGGAAUAAACGAAACGGCCGAAACCGAAUCAGCGGACCCCAACAACGCCCCUACCGAAUCGGAACGGGGACGAUCAAGCGAAAAUUCGUCAAAUAUAAUUAGAUUAACGAGUCGUCAAAAUAACAAUAAAAAUAAAUCGCAAGAUAGUUCAGGAAAAUCUAGCGAUUCAGAUAAAAACAAAGAUAGGCCAACUACAGGCGGGAAUGCAACAGUGGGGGAUGACGCCGGGAACCGUCGAUUCGGACCACCCUUCGUCGCCUACGACCCACCAACUUUCGAAGAGGCUGAAGAUAUCUUUGCCGAAAGACGUCAUCGGCCAAGAAUAUCUUCACCCUCAAGUUCAGACGAA